CUCUAAUUGUAAAUUUCUUCUAAAAUAAUCCAAAAUGGUUAUCCUCAAUCAUACCAAACAACGAUCUUCAUCUUCUUCACCAAUUCAUGGUCAUAAUAAGUAUAAGUAUGACGUAUUUUUAAGCUUUUGCAGUAAGGACACAGGUCGCAGUUUCACAGACCAUCUUUGUAACGCCAUCAAGCAUGCCAAUAUCACUACCUUCUUUGAUGAUGAUUUGAUUGAAACAGGGGUAUAUUUGAAACCAGGAUGGGAGAGUGCCAUUAAAGCAUCUAGGGCUUCUGUUGUAGUGUUGUCCGAGAAUUAUGCUGAUUCACAAUGGUGCCUUAAUGGAUUGGCACUUAUCCUCAAGCAACAUUUAACGGUUAUCCCCAUCUUUUAUCAUGUUAAGCCCAGUUUCUUAGAAGAUGCGAUGGCUAGGUAUAGACGUGUGAUGGAGGCAAUGACAAAUGAAGAUAAAAGAAGUCAAUUGGCUGAAAAGAUUGACAGGUGGAAUAAAGCAUGUACACAAGUUUCUACAUUAAAAGGGAUGCAAUUAGGUUUCGAUCGGCGAGAAACGAAGUUUAUUCAAGAUUUUGUUAAGCACAUCUACCAUAGAUUACGGAUAUCCGCAAGGACUCCUCUACCACUAGACCGGAGGUUUCAUCGAGAGAUGAAGCAACCAAACCUCUUCAAAAUCCCUUUUCAGGCCAUAAAAAGUUAUGAGAUCCUCAAGGAUGUGUUAAAUCCAAUAUUACCUCCUUCAUGGCAUUGA